AUAACUUAAAACCAAAUUGAUCAUCUUUUGAAAUGUGUUAAGGACUAUUUUUCACAAUAUCUAUACAUUGUGAACCAAAUGAAACCCAUUUUGAUCACUUUCUCAAACCGAACCCUUUAACAAAACAACUUUGUCAUACGUUAAUCUUCUUUCACAUCUCCCUCCCAUCUUUCUUCACUCUCUUCCUCUCUAAUGUCUCAUUCUCACCAAAUUGAACCCUCCCUGAACCCUAACCCUCGUCCUCCCGGAGCUCCUCCGCCAUCUUCGGCUGCCGCCGUUGUUCCCCGACCGUCCGAUGAAGAUCUCAAUCGUUCCGCCACCGCUAAACGUUCACGGGAGGAAUACGCUUCCGCCGCCACGGAGGAAGCUGGUUUAUCUGGGGACGAUGUUCCACGGUCGAAGAAGAGGGUUAAGGUUGGACAAGAUGUAGUGUACCGCAUAGUUGUGCCGUCGAGACAGAUCGGGAAAGUUAUUGGUAAAGGAGGACAUCGUAUACAGAAGAUUCGUGAAGAAACUAAAGCUACCGUCAAAGUUGCUGAUGCUAUCGCUCGUCAUGAAGAGCGAGUGAUUAUCAUUAGCUCCAAAGACAAUGAAGAAAUGUUUAGUGACGCGGAGAAUGCCCUUCAUCAAAUCGUGUCACUUAUUUUGAAGGAUGAUGAUGGCAACCUUGACGCACAGAAAGUUGGUGCUGGACAUGUGGCAGCAAACACAGUAAGGUUCUUGAUUGCUGGCUCUCAAGCAGGUGGUUUGAUAGGAAUGUCUGGUCAAAAUAUUGAAACUUUGAGAAAUUCUUCUGGAGCUACUAUCUCAGUUCUUGCUCAACACCAGUUGCCUUUGUGUGCAUCUGCUCAUGAGUCUGAUCGUGUAGUACAGGUAUUAGGAGACGUUCCUUCCGUUUUGAGAGCUGUGGUAGAAAUUGGCUGUCAACUGAGGGAUAACCCCGCUAAACAAGUAAUUUCGAUCAGCCCGACAUACAAUCUUGGUUUUUCUCGCGCACCUCACCCACAUGUGGAUCCAUCAUCAGCUGAAUAUGUAAAUAUAACAAUGUUAGUUCCCGAAUCAUUAGCUGGGGGGUUGAUUGGGAGGUGCGGCUCGAAUAUUUCAAGGAUCCGUGCAGAGUCUGGAGCGACGAUUAAGGUACAUGGUGGGAAAGGUGAGCAGAAACAAAGACAAGUCCAUCUUGGUGGUAGUGCACAACAGGUCGCCCUUGCAAAGCAAAGAGUUGAUGAAUAUGUCUAUUCCCAGUUGAUGUUACAAGCUGGUGGUGAGCAGCUACAGGAUACAAUGCAGCUCCAACAGUCCAUGCAGCUCCAGCAGUCAAUGCAGCUGCAACAGUCAAUGCAGUUGCAACAGUCAUUGCAGCUGCAACAACAUAUGCCCGACACGUCGGCUACUCAUUUGCCAGGAUAUAGUCAUGGACAUGGACUUUAUAUGAACAGUAACCAGGAAGCUCAAAUGAUGACAUCAUACCAACAAGCAUACACAUCAACCACCCCUCAAGCAGCUGCUUACUAUGGUCAGUCUUAUCAAGCUCCACAAAGGUAGAGGCAAAAGGGGGGUCUACUUGGUAACAGCUUUUCAAUCAGAUGAUUGAUAUACACAAUGUUGACUAUUUCAUGUUGUGUCAUUAUUUGGAUUUCUGAUAUAAGCAUUGGAGAUGGUUGGUUUCAGCCAGGAUGUCUCUUGUUGAUGUUGCGACAUAGUUUGCAUGAGAUCACUUAAUUCGUGGGAUAUUGAUGGAAACGUUAAUGCUUAAACUUUUGUGAUCAUUGAAUCUAGUAUGCGUCUCUGGGAGCAGCAGAUCUACUGAAGGGAGCUUAUAAUAGCAGUUGCAUUGAAGAACAGAAACAGGGAUGCGAGUAUGCAUGCACAUCAGACGCAGUCACCUCCGAUUGAACUGAUUACUGAAGAACUUUUUUUAAUAAAAAACAUUUUGUGCGAAUGAUUUAGAAAUGAGAUGAUCAGGGAUGAUGGAUGAGGGAGGGCCAACAGAGAAGCAGAGCUCGGGACAAGGAGCUUUAGCAGCAAAAAGAUUGGACUAGUUCGUCGGUUCAGUUAUUCCUUUUUUGCGCCAAAACCAUUCAAAUCCUAUUACCCCAUUUGUUGCUUCCUACCCCCUUGCCAUAGAGCUUUCCCUACCCCUAUCUCACCCAGCUCAAUCAUGCAUAUCAUUUCCCCAAACCCGGCAGCAUUGUCUCCGUGUCAGUGUGUACGUCUCUCUGAAGAUACACUCCAUAUUUUUGAUUCAUUUAUCUUUGAUAUUUAUUAGGUAGAAGCUGAUUGACA